GUUCAAUUUCUAUCUCUUUCUCUAUUCAAAUCACCACCCCCGUGCCAUCAACAAUUGGACUUGUCCAAAACCUUUGAACUUCCGGGUUUUGAUAUGGCGGCCCUCCCUUGUCAGUCCCUAGUUAAUGAGUAACCAAGAUUGACAGAUCGACAAAACCCCGCUACAUGUAACUUAUUGUAAGGGAGAUCAAGAUGAGCUCAAACAGCUGCCAUUUAACGUGGAAAUCCUUGCAACAGUACGCACAGGACACUAAGAAACUCGAGUUGGACUUGCCACACAUCGAAGAACAUUACAAUGAGACACUCACCUUUCUCACAAUGCGUUAUGGCAACCUCAGAGGCUUUAUGCUCUUCAACUUGGAUCAGUCUAGAGAAGCCGAGAAGUCGUUUAGAAAAGUCUUAGAAGUUGAUCCCAGCAACUUGAACGCCAUAGGAAAUCUAGUAGUUCUGUAUGAAGAACAGUUCAUGUAUGCAAAAGCUCGGGAGAUGCAUGCAAAACUGAAAGCGUUACUGAAAGAAGGUGGAAACAAUGGUGAGGCGAGACAAGCAAGGGCCACCGCAGAGCAGGCCUUCGCUAUCCAAUGGUUUGAACAAGACAAACGUGAUUUCGGACAUCUCGCGUAUUUCGAGGAGGCAGCUCGGCGGUCCGAGUACGCGCUUCCAGAGGAGAGGCUGGCGUGGAAGUUCCAGUGCGGUCUGGCCGUCUACAGGCUCUACCUGCAGUUCUUACAGGCAAAGGCAACAGAAGAGAACAUCUUAUUCACACGAUGUAAGGCUUUGGCAUACUUCAACGAUGCCAUACAGGUGUACGAGAAACACAGACCCGAUAACUCCAGGGACGCGGCGCUAUGCUGGGUCUUCAUCGGCAUCAUUGUUCUGGACACGGAAGAGUCGGAAAGACAUGACCUUUUCAACAGUAGUCAAGUUGCAGAGACCACGCCAAAGGAAUGCUUCGACACAGCGCUGAGCUUGAGUAGGACGCCGUAUGUGGUAAGAAGGAUAGGGGAGCAGCUUGGAAGACCUGAAAUGAAGGAGUACGCCAGGGCAUUGGAGAUGUUGGACGAAGCGCUUGAGCAAAACCCCAGACGGUGCGGGUGGUUCUGCCACGAUAGAAAGGGUAUCAUUUAUUUGCAAAUGUUCAAACAUAAAACAUCGUUGGAAGGACAUUCACCAGACACCAUGCUGCAAGAAUCUCUAAAGAACUUUAGAAAGGCAGUGCAAUUUAAGAAAACUUACACCGACUUCGACUGUAUUGGACAGAUUCAAUUGGAACUUGGUGACUACCAGUCAGCCAUUGCUGCAUUCCGACAAGCUGUGAAUCAUGGGAUUGACGAUCGGUGUGACCCAGGUUUGACACACAGAUUGUGGGCCAAGUGCUUGGAAGAGUUAGAUGAAUUUGAAGGCGCAGAGGAGCAGCAUUUCACAGCCAGGAUUGUGGAGCAGAAACUUGCCCAGUCAAUGCCCGGUCAGCCUAUCCCAGGGCUCGAUACUCUCAGGCCACUAUCAGCAUUCCGGCAGGUGGAGAAGCCCAGAAACAAACAGGGCUACAAGUACGACUUCUUCGUGUCAUAUUCCAGUAAGGACGACGACUGGGUGGUGGGAGUUCUGGUCAAGACUUUGGAGGAGAAACACGGGUUCAAAGGCCUUGUACAUGACAGGGACUUCCAGGUUGGAAAAUCUAUAAUUGACAAUAUCUCCUACGGGAUCGACCAAAGUUUCAAAACCAUACUGGUCCUGAGUGAAAACUUCCUCCGAAGCAACUGGUGCAGGUACGAGAUGCAGCAAGUCCAUCUACGGGCCAUGAAGGGUCGCGGGGAUCACGUGAUCGCCAUCCUGUACAAGCCGUGCGAGGUACCUGACGACAUCGCACACCUGACGUACCUGCCGUGUAAGACUGACGGUCAGCUGGGUCCUGAUGGCUGGAGGAGACUGGAAGAUGCUCUCACUGAUUCUGAUGAGAGAUAACUUUGAUAGAAUGCCAUGACUCCCGCGUAUGCACCUGAUUCGUCCCCACUAAAUCAUCAUGAUUAUGAAUAAUGAUUGAUAGAUUUGAAAAUAGCCUGUAUAGUGUUACAAACUCCGUUACAAUUUCUGUGCAAUAAACUUUGAGUU